ACACUUGGUACCUCCCUCACUACCGUACAAGUCUCCCGCUAGAACUAUGUGGGCCCGUCACCUAGGAGAGAAAAACCAAAAGUCAAAAGUUUUCCUUUAUUGAUUUAUAUCGCGGUUUUUGUUGGGGCUCGGUUAUAACUUGCGUGCAUCAUUUUUCAAGCCGAAUAUUGAAAGGAACUGUGGAAUUAAGCGGAAAAUGUAACUGUGCAGUAGAUAAUCGUUUUCAUUAGCUUUCGAUGGGUUCUAAAUACGCGGCAAGUAGUGCUCUAGUUUUCGAUCGCUUCUCGACAAUAAAGGAUCUAGCACUGCGUCCAAUCGUGGAAGAUGAUGCUGAUUCAUUGGGAAUCACAUCACCAGCAGAUGCCCAGAUCCGCAUUAACCGCAAAGCUUCGUUCAUCGACGGAAGGAGGGUGGUCAGUUUAGGGGUCUUGAGCGGGUCAGGUCAAGGUCCUACGCACUAAAAUCCGAACACGUGCGUAUGAGUGCUCCACUUGCAAAUUAUGGGAAAUUGCUUCAAAGGAUGCCUUUCGGAGGAAAAACAAACGCGCAGUCGGAAUGUGGCUGCUAGUGAUAGCCAGUAUGAGAUGCUGGUUGAAGGAUGCUCGCAGCAGCAAGUAAAGAUCCAAAAAAAUAAAUCAAAUAAAAAUCCCAAACUCUUCGGCAACUUUUGGCGACUGAAAGGAAAGGUGGAGUACUCAAGACUGAACAAAUCAAACAACAAUAAUUUUAUAAGCAAGAGUAAUCAUAAAGACCAUCAGAUAUCAGGAUCAGAAAUUCAACUGCAGUGCCUCGAUGCACACUCGCUUCUGCUUGUGUCGAAGGAUAGCAAUACUCGAAGAAAUGGAUAUCACGAUCUCAACACGGACGUCACUUCAACUCCGGGCAGCUCGCUGGACCUGGAGUGGGAGAACGAUUACGGAUAUCAGAACAGCCAAUGGCAAUUGCGAGCAAUCGAUGAUCAGAAACUACCAUAUCCCACGCCGAUGGAUCCUGUGUUCAAAGUAGAGGAAUGGUCCAUUCUGAAGAAGAGCAAAGAUCGGAUCAACUCCAUCCGUCGGCUGGAUCGGGCUACAUCGCUUCGUACUCAGGACACCGGAAACGGAACGAGCGGUGGCGGCACUCAUCCACUAGCCAGCGUCGGUCCGAAUGGAUCCGGAGUCAUCGGAACGCCAUCGAUUGUGAGCUGUGGUUCAUAUGCUUCCUCAUCACACAUAUCAACGCCGGAGGAUUCACUCGAGUGGGACAUCGAUCAGGAUCGGCAGCUGAAGUCGGAGAACGAAUCGCUGGAUCUGGAGACCAAAGAACUGCUGCUGGAGAUCGAGCAGCUGAAAAAUCGCGUUCUAAAUGAGACUGGUGCUAACUUGAAGGAUCUGAAAUACGACGAAUCAAUCAGUUGAUUCCGCCUGCGAGGAAGUUGAAGACACUCGUUUAUACUGGGGACCGACCGGGGCAAAUGGGAUGGACCGAAAAUCAAACAAUUGACUUUAUAUAACCGUAGUGGCAUUACAUAGUAAAAAAGAUGUUGGAUACCAUUUUAGAACAGUGACUUGUAAACAUACACAAUAGAGUGUAACGUAAAUUUCAUAGGGAAUCGUUUUGAAAGAUAAUGCUAACGAAUAGCACCAUUAUAAUCUAUAUUUAUUGUGAAUUCUAUAUAAAUCCGAUUUAUGAGACAUUCCUUAGAUAUAAUUAAGCGAUAUAACGAACAAUGCAAAUUGGGAAUAAAUCAAAGAUUGGUUAUCGAAAGAAUUGUUGAACAAUUACAGAAAGGCAUUUAUUUUCUGAUUGUAGAAAGGAAAUCAUUUUCCGAGUCUUGUUGAGUAGGAAAUUAAAAAAAACGAACAAGAUGCGUAAUAAAUUCAGAAUAAUGAUUAUUCAUGCCUCGUAAUCAACUGAAAGCAU